AAAAACAUUAAAUUAAAGUACCAAAAACAAAAAAAAUUAAAUAUAUAAUAGCACAUAUAUUAUUUUCUUCGUCCACAAAUAAUCCAAGAGUAAUUGUCAGCAAAACUGGAUUAUUUGCUGAAAACUUUGCGCACGCUGAAAUCCAAUUCGAUUAUGGCCGAGAAUCAAAGCGCUGCUAACGAAGAUUCCGGUCAGCAACAACAGCAACAACAGCAACAGCAGCAACAUCAACAUCAACAGCAACAUCAGCAUCAGCUCAGCACAGCAGCAACAAUUGCAAAUAGCGGUCAGGCCAGCGGCAGCAAUUCGGCCGCCUCAUCGCCCGAAAGUUCACAGGAGACGCACAGCAUCGUAGCCAACACAGCAGCAACAGCAACAUCAACACUCGUAGCAGCAGCAGCAACAACAACAACAACAGCGGGAGUACGCCGGUCGAGCAAUAUACCACAGCAACAGCAACGCGCCAGCAUCAACAUGUUUGAUCGCCAUCUGAAUGCAAAGUUCAAGCCCACAGGUGGGGCAGCUGCUGGUGGGGGCAAUGCGCCCGCUCGUCGAAAUUCCAUACAGACGCCGGGGCGUGGCGUUGUGGGCGUGGUUGGCACCACCAGCAUCAAGAAGCCGCCGUUGACCAAGGUCAACUCGCUGAGCGGCAGCGGGCAACAUCAUCAUCAUCAUGUCUCGCACUUGCAUCAUCAGGCGGCGCAUGCGCAUCAGAACAACAGCAACAAUAGCAACAACAGCAACAGCAACAGCACCAACAACAGUAACAACAUUCAGCGCACCACCAGCGAAAGCCUGCGCUUGAAUGCGUUGAGUCGCGGCAAUGCAACGCCAGCAACAGCAACAGUUGCUGACGGCAGCGUGAGUGUAUCGCGUGCCAGCAGCAACAGCAGCUUGUCGCUGGCACCGAAAUCGAGCAGCAGCAAUCACUCGACGGCGACAACGGCCACAGCGGCAACUAGCAGCAGCAGCAACAGCAGCACCAACACCAGCCAUGCUGCUGGCAACAAGCCCAGCUCGCCCAAUAACAAUGGCGGUGCGCUGCGUAACAUUACAGCGCCAUGGCCACAGCAACAGCAGCAGCAGUCGGCACAUCAUGGGCACCAUCAUCAUCACCAGCAUCAUCAUCAUCCGGCAGCAGCAGCAGCAGCAACUAAUGCAGCCGCAGCAUCUUCUGUCGGCGGCAACAAUCGCAAACCAAAGACGACUUCCUCAUUUCAAAUCACCUCGGUGACUGUGGGUCACGCCAAGCUGAAUGCUGCCGGCGACACGGGCGACGAGUCUGCCGAUGAUCUAGAUGAAUCUCAUACGGAUGACAAUAGUCGGAUUACAGAUCUAGAGAAUGAAACGCCAUCCAUGUCGGAGGACACGUUCUCCAAGGAGGAAGUCUUCUUUGCCAACAAUGCAUUGAGCACCACAGCGCCGGUGAUACCCACCAGUUCACAGUACGGCCUCGUUGUGGUUGACCCGAUUGGCCCAGCGCUGGGCCAGACCAUACAGAACGUCCAGGUGAACGUCUCGGAUAAUAUCAUCAAUGUGGUCAGCGCGGCGGUGACGCCCGGCGGCACCAAGAAAAAGGAAGACAUGAAGGAGACGCAACAUCGCAGCGAACGCUUUAAGGUGGUCAAGAUCGAGUCGACGGAGCCGUUCAAGCGUGGCCGCUGGAUGUGCAUGGAUUAUCUGGAUCACUCGAGUGUGGGUGCGGCCAAUAACAAUGAAAAGACUGGUAACACGGAAGGCACAUCGGCCAGUGUUGGUGCUGGUGUGGGUGUUGGUGCUGGUGGCAUCGGGCCCGGCAGCAACAUGCUGGAGGGUGGCUGCGAUCUCCCAAAGACAACGCAGAGCAUGAUUUUGCCGCCGAGUAUGCUGCACGAGAAUCACUUGGAGGCGGCCUCGGCGGAUGCCAAUUGGAAUUAUUCCGACCAGCAGCAGCAGCAGCAACAGACGCAACAGCAACAGUUGCAGGCGGGCACUGGUAAUGGGACAGCAACAAUUGGCGGUGCGGCGGCUGGCAUACACAUGACGGGCACGCCCAGCGGUGUAAUGACCGCCCCUGCCACUGUGGUGCAUGGCAUGCAGCAAUUUGUAAAUGCGGCCAACAGCGAAGCGCAGCAACAACAGCAGCAGCAGCAACAACAGCAGCAGCAGCAGCUCUAUGACAGCGUCAAUGCUAAUGCAGGCACGCCCAAUGCCAAUGCGGAGGGGUCUCAGCAUGGGCAGACGUUGCCAAUGGACUAUGCCACAGCAGCGGCCCAGCAGCUGCAACAGUCGCUGCAGCAGCUGAAGCAACAGGAGCUCGCAGCAGCAGCAGCUGCGGCCGCUGCGGCAGCAAUGGAUGUGGCAGGCAAUACGAGUGCAGGCUAUUUACCGGCCACGAGCGGCAGCAACAGCAGCAGCAGCAAUAACAACAACAACAACAACAGCAACACAAAUGUUGCUGGCACAGGAGCAACAGUUGUUGUCGGGGAGAGCAACAUGAGCAACAGCUAUGUGGAGCAGCAGCAGCAGCCAUUGUCGCCUGCCACGCAAACGCCUCAGGCACCGCCGCCCACAUUCGCAGCAGUUGCUGCCGGGCAGCAACAGCCACCGCCGAACUUCCAGUUGGAGCCGCAGCAACAACAACAACAGCCACAGGCAACAUCGCAAAUCGAUGGCAUUGCACCGGCCACUGCAGCAUUCCCAGCUGCAACAGCAGCAGCAGCAGCCGUAGCAGCGGCAAAUCAGACUUCAAACACUUCCACUAGCACAGCAGCAACAGUUGCCGGCACAGCAACAGCAGUGGCAGCAGCCACUGUAGUUAAUGCAGCAGCAACAGUUGCAGCUGGCCAAACGUUGCCAUUGCUGACGCAUCUGAACAGUUACGAGCCAACAGCUGUUGCAGCAACACCAGCAGCAAUACCUGCAAUGCAGUUGCAAAGCGCGCCAGCAACAAUUGCCGAUGUGCAGCAGUUGGUGCUUGACGAGCAGCAGCAACAAGCCGCAGCAGCAGCAGCAGCAGCAGCAGCAACAUCAUCACAGACUCAACCACAAUUACCGCCAACAAAUAUCGCGAGUGUCAGUGCCAACAGCAAUGUGAAUUUAACAAAUGCAACUGCAACAGCAGUGGAUGCAACGACAACAUCGCUGGCAUUGAGCGACGAACAGCAACAAUCGACAUCAGCGGCAACUGCAGCAGCAGCAGCAGCAACAUCGGCUGCUUCUACAACAGCCGCAGCAACAGCAGCAGCAACAUCAUCAACAACAACACAGCAACAAAUACAACAGCUACAGCAGCAACCAAAUGCAGAAUCAGAGACUGAAAG